AUGUCAACGUGCAUUUUUGAAUGGGAUGCAGGUGAUUUAGCACAGCUGCGUGAAGCCAAGGCCCAGCAGCUUCAGGCCCAGGGACCGUCUUCCACAGAUGUGGACAGACAUCUGACCAGGGAGGAGUUGGCUCUCCACUGCCGAUGGAGGACACGAGGAGUGACUACCACAGUCAAGCUGUUGGAGGAGCUGCUUGAUGUGCUCAUGGGUUCCCGUGGCAACGACUCCCUUGGUGUUCCUCUGUUUGAUCAGGAGAGGAUGGAGCACAUCUGGCGGGUGCAGAGGAAGCAUGUGAAGUGCAUCCAAGAUCCACUGGGUGUUGCUCUCUACAUGAACCCGGACUCAGAGGACACCGCUCACUUGGUUGAAGAGCAUGAUGUGCUGGUCGAUGAGGAAGAUGAGGGCUUCUCAGAACUCUCAGCUGACCCCACAGUGCUGGAUAUGGAGGUUUCUUCCAGCACUUCCUCCAUGCUGUCUGAGGCUGGAGAUACCUCAAAUGAAACUAUGGCUGUUGAUGACCAGAAUGUGUCGGGAUACCAGCAUGUGGACGGGCUUGCUGAGUACUUGGUGGAGCUUCGGGAGCAGAUCUCUCUCUGUCUCACCAACCUACAAGCAGACAGCAUCACAGAACUCUGGCUGAGGCUGGAUGACGAGGACAAGCAGCGGGUUGUUUACGCAGCGCGACACCAGGACAGACUUUUGAGUGGACGCUUUGGUACACCAAAGAAGCUCUCAAAAACUCCUGGUGUGGAGACCACAACGCGCUGCGUGCUAGGUGCCAGCAGCGCUCCUGCACAGUGGCCUGACUGCUGUAGGUUGGUGAAGACCAUUUUUAUUUGGCUUUGUGGUCUGCACUCAGUCCUGAAAAGGAAAGGCAAGGGGGCAGAAUCACGGUGGUCCUUCAUUUUGAGGGACUAUCGUAAAAUCAGGGAUCUGGUGGUAGGUAAUGCCCGUGUUAUGCAGGGAACAGAGAUACAGAUGGCGGAGGUGAACCAGAACAUCCUGAUUCAGUGACACAAUGGCAGGAAGAAGUAGGAGCUGUCUGUGCUGCUUCAGGGAACUGCUGUACCUCCAAAUGUACCUGUGUCUGAAGAACCACUAAUGGACCCAAGAGUUCUGCCUUCUGUUCCUGUGCCAGCUCAGUAUGAACAUGAACGCAGCCUGCCUGCCGCCAUGACGGCUAACAGCACCGACACCCAGAAAAACAAAGACUUUGACAAUAUAACAUCACUUGAAGGUAUACACAUGGCAGUGUCGUUAUUGUUUCUAUGCAUGGAUAGCUGCAACAUUGAGUAAAGUUAGAAGAACUCACAGACUCUCCAGACAGUUAUGUUGCUAGCUCUGCUCACAAGUUAAACUUAGAAUGAAACGUUUCUUUAUUGAUCCCAGAACUUUAAAAAAGAAACAAAUAAACUACUAUUGUUAAUUACAAGCUCCGAGUUUAGAGCAUUAGAGCAGGACUUGGUGUGGCGGCCCUGUGAGUUAUUUCGCUAGGAUCCCUCCAGCUAUUCAUCCAGCAGCAACAUACUACCCGCCUCUCAGAGCUUGUCUGACUUUUAGAACCCGUCCAUCGACAAGCAGGAGCUCGAACCCCCGGUCCAGCACAGACUCUCUACCCCCUCGAUACUUUAUGUCGUAUAAAGCCAAGAACAUCAAGAAAGUGACCCUAGAGCUAAAUAUGUGAAGAGUUUUAAUGGGUUAACCCGACACCUCAUGCUACACCAUUUUGACUAACUUUAACCUCUCACAGUUGUACAUGUUUACCGCGAUAUCCAAACGCAUUUACUUAUGUUAAGCUAAUUAUGUUUAUUAAUCAACACAAAAUGAAUGCAGCCAUAAAACAUUUCAUGCAAAAACUGACCUUGUCACGAUGUCAGCUCCAGACUUCAUGAGACUGCGGUCCCGCUCUUCAACAAACACGUCACAGAUACGUCACAGAUACGUCACAGAUACGUUGGACUUCUGGGAGCUACUCUGUCAGGCGUUGAUUUUAAAUUCAACACCUGAUUGAGUUGCUUCAAUUUAACUCCCCGGAAUAACAGCAACUCUUUAGAGAAACUAACACUCAUAUCGUUGAGCUAGACUAAACAAGUGUUGAAUUAACUCCGUAUUUUUAACAGACAACAACAACACUUCUGAUUUUGCUGUGUGAUAUUGUGGUUAUAAUGAAGACAGUUUUAACCAUCAGCUGCUGUGUUAAAAACAUCUCUGUAUUAACCGGAUGUUUCUGUUCAGACUGAAUAAAACCCUGCAGUCAUCUACAUAUUUUACACAUUAUGUUAUUAGAGAUGGAGAUUAAUUAUUCACAGAGACCACACAUGCAUUGGGACAGGUAUAUAGAAAUGGUAAUAAUU